AAUAAAAACCCAUCUCCAUCGUCUUCUCCGACCUCUCCCCUUCUCAUCCAUGUUACACUGACCGGCGAUAACCAGGAGAGAACGGAAAACUACAAACGCCGUCGACUUCCUCUGCAAUUUUCACAAUUGGAAAUGAAAAAGAAGAACGGCAGCCAUCAUCAUCCUCAUCAUCACUACAACUGCCCCGCCGCAGCUCAACUCCACCAGAUUUCCCUCAUCCUCCGCCGCGGCGGCCACUAUCUCUUCCCAUUGAUCUCGGCUCUGUCCGCCUCCGUCCUCCUCUACCUCGCCACUUUCGCUCUCCUCUCCUCCCCAGCCGAAAGCGUCGUGACCGCAGCCGCCACCGUCUCGUCACACGACGACAGAGCGAAGGGGGAAAUCUCCCCCAUUAGUAUCCCGUCGCAAUCGACGACGACCACGAAAGUCUGGUCGACAAGAGAGGCCGAGAUGGCCUCAGAGCAGAGGAGGCAGGGGAGUGGUACUCAAUUGUCAGAACGUCAGUGGUAAUUAUCCCCAGGUAGUCGAUCGAUAGAGCUGGAAGCGGUGAGAAAAUGGCGAUCGAGCUCAGAAAGAAGCGAAUCACGUCUUAUUGCGUCACCCAACAGUACUCCCUUCCUUUGUGGAACGUCGAAGAAGACAGCUUCUACUUCUGCUGCUUUUUCCUCAUCCAGAUCUGCCUAGCUUUGAUCGGAACCACCAAAUUUUGUGCCCCUUUCAGUAUCAGAUCUAUCGCUCCCCCCCAAACUGCACAAAAAACCCAAAUUUCUCCAUUCAAACACCCAAAACCGAUCAAUUCGAGAGGCUCCCCUAUGUUUCUCCCUCUUCUUUCAAAUUUCACUAAUCCAGUAUCUCGAAUGAAACCCAGGAAACCCAGAUCUAAUGAAACCAAGAAGUGGCGGCGUUGAAAUUAGAUCUACAGCGACGCGACGAUUUGGAUGGGCUCGGAGAUUUGGAAUGGGUACGAGCUUCCCUCCAUCUCCUCGUCGACGAUUUGGAAGGUUUUCCCAGCCUUCAUCGCCUGAUGGGAGCCGCCACUCCACCUUCCUCCUGUCUCUUCAACACCAAUGUCUUGCAGCCGGUCUCCGAGUCCGGGAAGGGACAGUUGAUUGUGUUUUGUUUUCACAGAGGAUGAAGAAGGUUGAACGGAAUCUUUCCCCUGUCUAUCGUGUUUCACAAUUUGAGCGGCGAUGGUGAAUCUAAGAUGAGGAAGAAGGGAUUAGUUUUUAUUUUUUAUUUAAUUUUAAUUUUAAAAUAAUAAUAUGUUGUGGCGCAGAUGUGGCUGCCACAUAUGUGUCAUGUAACCAACAAUCAACAUUUUAUGGUUGACCGUUUGGUCAACCAUUAUCUAUAACGGUCAACGAAAUUGUCAGGACGUAAAUGACACAAAACUACCAAACGUUGGGACACAAUUGUCAUAUCGAAUACUUUAGAACACAAAUGACACAAAGUUAAUAGUUCGGGUUUUCCAGUGGUAUUAGCCCUUUUCAAAAUCAAUGUGAAUCUACAUAUGAAUUUGAAAUUUAUAUAUAUAAUGUGGUUAACUAAUAUAGUUCAACGAAAUUUGAACACAAAACUUCGCGAUUAUCGUACCAUUUGCUUAACAACUAUAUAUUUCACGUCCAUCCCAAUUUUUCUGAGUACAAAUCCUUCAAAAAAGUUCAGCGUGCCAUGUCGAAAGUUUCUCUAUGAUAAACUAUCAUUGCAGAAUGAGUACUUCGCGACGUAUAUCUAGUCUAUAUACAGAACUUGCCCACGUAACAUGGUGGACGUGUCUUGAAGGAAUUGGACCAUUCCUAUUAGUGCGGUCGAAAGCUAGAAGAACAGCCAAUUAACCAGUAGCAAGCCCACUUCACAUAGCGACCAGCGUAUCCAAACAUAAUCGAAAAAGGCCGAAAUGAAAGUUCUACAAAACCUGUCUUGUCACCGCCUUUCUGGGUAGCUGUAAUUACUUUUAUAAGGAACGGAAAUUACGUGGUCGAGUUUUGGUUUCUAUAUGCGGUAUGGGGAUUCUAAUUACGGCGACCGGCCAGCUGCCAUAUCUGCAUUAUUGUUUCAAUCAGCCGACCAAGCUAGUGUUUUCUGUUUUGGCGGUUUUUGGAAUGAAAAUGCAAAUCAUGC